AUGAAGUGUGCGGAAGCAGGAAACAUGUCAAUCGGACGUUUCAGUCACCUGUUGAGGGGAGUCUGGCUGCUGUGGCUGUGGCAAGCUGUGUUUGUGGCUGGAACAGGGAGCAACCUCUGGGAGGUGCCCACAGCCUCCUUCACUUCCUCCUCCAACCUCACUGAGAGCCUGCAGGACUGUCAGUACCGCCACUUACAGGACAGAGUGAGAGUCACAGUAGACAUCCCCCCAAGACUGGACGGCACAUGGGUGUCAACAAGAUGUGAAGUUCGGCCCGGUCCUGAAUUCCUCACCCGCUCCUACACCUUCCACCCCAGCCGUCACUUCCAGGCCCUGCAGCACUACUACACCGACAGCGGCUGCGAGGACCCGGCCUACUCGUUGAUGAUCAGGGGGAAGCUUCGCCUGCGCCAGGCCUCCUGGAUCACCCGCGGGGGCACCGAUGCUGAACACCACCUGAGCAAGGUGGGCAUCGUGGUCCACAGCCUGGCAGCCAAGCAGAGGCUGGCCUCCAGGCUGCCUUCGACCUGCGUGGGUCUGAGCCUGGGUCGAGUGGUGCCGGGGAAGCCUUAUGAGCUGUACAACACCCGGGCAGGGAGGGGGUGUCUGGCAGCGCUGGGCUUCUCCAUGAUGGAGAUGGGACUGAUACGGGUGGAGACACAGCACCACAGCCAUGGAGGGAAGAUCCAGGAGCUGCUUUUAGGAGAUAUUCACACUGACUGGACACAGAGGACUCAGUACAGACCUACAGGGUACCAACAGCCCCUGCAGAACGCCAUGCAUCACAUCCACCCCUGCCCUGUGUGCGCCCUGGUGUAUCGCUCCUCAGAGCAGCGCCCCCCGGUGUUGCCCCACAGCCCUGCAACUCCUCUGUCUCUGGCCGGCCGCUGGAUAAGCCAGCGCUGCGAAACCCGUCCCAACGUCCUCUUCCUCACCCGAGACUUCACCUUGGAUCCUGAGCAGCACUCAUGGGAGGGCGUCUACCGGCACUUCUCGGACUCUUCCUGCUCUCAGCCCACUUUCACUCUGAGAGCCUCGGGCCACUACGCUCAGGGAAACCCGUCCGCCAAGGUCUCAGGAGCAACUGAGUUUGUCUUCAAGGUCAUCCAGGUGAGAGUCACGGCUAUGGAGGAGCCCACAGCGAAGUUGUUAAAUGGGACGAGGCCUGGAAAGUGUGGUCGGGCAGGAGGCUGGGAGGUCGGCGUGGAGCAGGAUCUGACCCCCACAGAUGGCUGCAGCCUGCUGGGCAUCAAGCUGCCACAUAAGGAGUAUGAGCUCUUCAAGACUGAGCUGGAUCACAAGAAACACCCGCUGCUGUUCAUCGGAGAGAGGCUGACUGACGGGUCCAGCCCAGACCGACUGCAGAGGAGGCCUAGUUCAUUUCAGGCUCCCAUGGUGCUUUGCAGUGGGUCGCCUUCACGUCGCUAUGGCUCAGGUUUUAACAGCAAGCAAGUCCAGUUAGCAGCCAGUGGGACAGCGAGGCUGGCACAGCUGGUGUUACUGGUGCUGGGAUCUGUGCUGUGCAGCGGGUUCUGUGUUUAUUAGAGACAUUGUUCACAAAUCGAGCCUGUUACACAGCUGAAGUCAUUGAUGGAAAUUGUUUUCUGGCAGCUUUCUUUCACUCUUCCUCCAUAUGAUGAUGACUAACAUGUGUGAUAGUCAAGAUAAAUCAUGAGACUCUCAGGAGAGCUGAAUAAUUUUUUAUAUCUGGCUUUCAGAUGCUGCCUGUAGAUUCACUUUAAUGACUCUUAACUUCAGCUGCAUUUCUACCUUACAACUAAUCUGUAUACAAACCACCAAUAUAUACAAGUGCCAUCAUUUCAGUAUGUAAAAGUAUAUUAUUUUAUACCGUCCUCCUUUUGUAUAUUGAUCAGAUGUUCUCACUUCACAGAUGAAUUAUUCAUUUUGCAUAUUUCUGUGUAAAUGCAGUUUUUUAUAAUACGAAGCAGGAUCACAGCAUUGAGGUGUGGAUCGGUUGUUUCCACAACAAACUUAAAGCCAUGGACUUUCCAGCAGACUUCACACGAGAGCUCGUUUUCAUCCAAGAUGCAGUGAAACUAGUGUACUUGGUACAUGAACAUUGUUUUCUCAACAUGCUGGAGAGAAAAGAAGCUGGAAAGUGGAACAUUUGUAAUCAGCCCUCCUCAUCGGUCUGAUGCCACUGUGGUGUGAACUGUUGCUUUAUCUCUAUCCUCUGUCAAAGCUUGUGUAUUAGUCUGCUUUUCUAUCAGCAGUCAAUCCAAACAAAUCAAAUGAAUAUUUAUUUUAACCAUUUAUACUGUACUUUUUGAUAAGAGAAAGAUUUUUGGUCUAAUAUUUUAG